UAAAAGUGUGACAUUAUGGCCGGAGCGUCACCAAUUCGCAGGCGUCCUGUUCCUGAUGCACUAGAAAUCUGAAGAUUGCAGGCAUAAAUCAAACCCCCCAAACAAAGAGAGGAACUAUAUUUGACCAAAGAGGAGUCUAGGGGUCAGUCAGAGGAAGGAAACUGCCAAGCUGUUUAGGUACACCAGAAGCAGGGGCAGUCAGCCGGGCGAUCUGAGUGUUUCCUGGCUUUGAUGCGACCCGAGUGUGCGUGGAGCAUGUCCACAGUAGGCCUGACUGCACAGGAGAUCUGUUUUCCCAUAGAAAGCCCCUUUCUGCGGGGCAGCUACUGUCACAGCAUGGCUGGAUCCAAACCGUCCUGGAGCUAUCCCCAUGAGCUGGACAACUUCUGCUUCAAUACGAACAGUGGACACACAGAUCGCAGCUCUCGAACCCAACACAAGGGGCCAUCUCCACCAUCUCUAAGUUAUGAGAGACAUAAACACAGUCCCAGCACACAGAGGUUACCUCCAAAGAAAUCUCGGCCUUCCCAUCUCUCCUUGUCUUGCAGUGCAGAACCCUCCACCCCAAGUCCUGUUGAUGAAGACCAGGUGGUUCCCUCAUUCCAGAAGCUCUCAGUGUGCAGCAGCCCACCACAGACACCAGGCCGAUGCUCCAAGCCUCUGCCCCCCAUCCCUCCACACACAGACAUCUCCCCUGAGCAGGCUAUGGACAAUGAGGUAGAAUUUUUCACAAGUUCAGACGACCGCUACCUGUUGUCUGAUCACUGUCCCAAAUCAUCCCCUUUUCGAUACGGAGUCCACAGUCGAAGGAGUUUCAGGGACUGCGGGCAGAUUAACUAUGCUUACUAUGAUGGUCCAUUGGGACCACGAAGCCAGAGGCAGCCCCAGCAGCACCAUCAGACACAUCCUCCACAAGAAGUACAGGAACAGUAUGAGCAGCAGCGUCAGGAACCACCUGAGACGGUGAUCUGUCAGAGACAGCAAGACAAGGCUCAGAGGAGGCUGCGACGCUCUCACUCUGGCCCAGCUGGAUCCUUCAACAAGCCAUCACUGCUGCGCCUCACAUGCCACAAGCGCCAUACCAACAGUACUGAUAGGCAAGAGGUGCCACCCCCUGUCCCUCCCCGGACAAUCAAGGCGGGAGACUACCGUCGCUGGUCAGCAGAGGUCUCGUCUGGGGCUUAUAGUGAUGAGGACAAACCACCCAAGGUGCCCCCAAGGGAUCAUUUGUCCAGAGGCAGCUCACGAACCCCUAGCCCCAAGAGCCUCCCAACAUAUGUCAAUGGGGUGAUGCCCCCAACCCAAAGCUUUGCACCGGAUCCUAAAUAUGUAAGCUGUCGUUUACAGAGACAGAACAGUGAGGGCUCCCCCUGCAUCCUUCCUGUGAUGGAAAAUGGCCAAAAGGCCAGCGCCACACAUUACUAUCUCCUGCCUCAGCGGCCUGCUUUCAUGGACUCACCUUAUGUAGAGAAAAUUCUUCAGGCCAUAGACAGCUCUGCAGCUCACAAUACAGAUGUAUCAGAAUCAGACUGGGACCGCCACCCCGGGCGAAAAGCACAUGUGGAUUUAGUUUGACAGGUUUUAGUUGAACUAACAGAGGACACCACUCUACACGAGCAAAAACCACUUGACAAAAUGGUGAAACUGGACACUAACAACCCUCAAACUGCUGCUUUUUCUGUUUGUUUGUUUUUUUUUUGUUUUCUUUUUAACCCCUCGUAUUCUGAACACACAGGGUAUACAUACAUAUACUGUAUUCAGUUACUGGUAAUGUUGGAAUAGCUUUCACAACCGAGAUGCUUUAUGUGGGCAGAAUUCAACAUUGUAGAGCUUAUUUUUGAUAUGAUUUUUAUUUGACGACAUUAUUUUAAUGACGAUGUAGUUCAGUCAGAAGGUACAAGCGGGUCUUGAACCUCAUGUGCUCAGUGUUUUGUGUCUGGAAGGUUGAGGCUGUUUUGAUGAGAUGGGUUUUUUUUUUUUUGAGACACAAGCAGUCUCACGGGAGACAAAAGGUCAGUAAUGUAACCAUGCAUCACUUAAUAUAUGAAGUAUAAACACAAGGCCAAUUAAUUUUUAACAAAAUGAAGGAUGCUAGCACAUAAAUCUCCAUUCUGCUCGCUACUAUAUAUAAUAUCACUGACGUGGUUUCCCUACCUUAAUGAAGUUUCAGUCUUACUCUGUGUUUCGCACAUGGCACGGUGUCAUGGUAUGUUUUGUACUAAGAGGUGGGCGAAUUAUGCUUGUUUCCUAUUGGAAUGCCUAGUGCGGCUUAUACAAUGUGGUUGUCUGUCGACAAGUGUGUUAUGUAUGUGUGUGGACAUGUUUGUGCAUACAUGCAUGUGAACAGCACUUGGAAGAGUGUUCUGGUGAUAUUAUGUUGAAUGACAUUUGACAGUUAAGUGGAAAAUUGUCAACCAUCCUUGUUACUGUGCUCAGAUUUUUUUAUUUAAAAUUUUUUUGCAGCACCUGCUUUUAAAUGCAGCCCUCUAAGAUUGCUUUCUUUCAAUGUCCAGGUCUGUUUUCUUGUACAGAAAUUGACCUGUUGAAGUGAAACGUAUGUCAUUCUUACUGAAAUUGUUUAUCAGUUGGAGGGGCAUACAGUAUUUUUUUUUUUGGUCAAGCUGUGAGUCGUUGUCUGAAAGGAAUUUACCUCAAGUACUACCUCCCUUUGAUAUAAUUCUGUAUUUCACAUACUCCCCAGUUAAAUAGUGUCCAAAGGCAAAAUCUGAAAUAAUGUACAAAACAUGAGGUAACCUGCUCCAUGCGUGACAAAACUGUACUUCAGAACUGUAAUUCAAGAGUAACACGCAGCCAGUUCUAACCAGCUCUUCCUUACAUGGAGAUUUUAGAUCACAGAUGUUAGGCUAACCUGUUAAUACAGACACAUUACAAAGACACUGCAGGGUUAACCUACCUG